AUGGGCGUCUCUAUCGCGACAGCAGCGGCGUCGUACAUCUGUCUCUCGCUCAACCUCACGCUCUGCCACUUGUACAGAGCGUCGCCUUCGCCCGCCGAUACCGUCGCAGGCUCCGUGCCUGUCGCACGGACAGUCGUCGUGUCGUCGUCUCCCGCAGAAUGCGGCGAAAGGGUGUCUAUUCGCGCGACGAGCGCACUCGCUGCGACAAUGCGCGACUUUCAGAGUGUCGCCGGCCAGUUGAGUUGGCUGCCUGUGAUUGACCGAGAUCCGUCGUUUCUGUCGGAGCAGUGGAGUGAGCAGCUGCUGCAGGGCAGCCCGUGGCGUGCCACGUGUCCCUCGCCCUUCCUCAAAUCGGACGUCUCCCUCCUUGCACUACCACCUGCCACGUCCUUCCUCCGCGCAUCCGCUGCUGGCUCAACCUCCCCUCUCCGAAGCCGCCCCACCUCUGGCGGUGAAGCCUAUAACGAGGAUGGCGAGGGUGAUAAUAGCGAGGGCUUCCCCUCCCCGGCUGCCCUCGCUGCCGCCGCUGCUGCUGCUGGCAACGAAGCUGCCCUGUGUGUUGAGUUUAGCCGGGAACGAAGCAGGCGUGCUGAUAGAGCCGCCCGAAGGGCUAGCAGACAAACGAUGCCAUCCAGUGGGGAGGAAGUGGGCACCAAAGCCAGGGGUGGUGGGAGGGAGGGAAGGGGGGAGGAGGGUAGGAGAGGGGCUGUGGAGGAAGAGAGGAGUGUGGGUGAGGAGAGUGGGCGAUCAAGGAGGGGGAGGAGAAGCCAGAGGAGGGAAGAACAGGAGAGGGAGAGGGAGAGGAGAAAGCAGGAAGAGGAGGCGUCUGCAGGGCAGCAGGGGAGGCAGGGACGGCGUGGGCGGCAGGGGCGGGAGGAGAGGAGUGAGGAGAGAAGGAAGACAAGGGGUGAGGAGGAGAGGAGUGAGCGAUGGAAGGGAGGUCAGGGGACUGGUGUGAGGGAGGAGGGUAGACGAGGUGGUGGGAGGGGAGGGGGAGGGAAGGAGGAUCCAACGUUUGAUGUAGCAUCUGCUCUGGAAACGGCUAUUAGGCUGGUGCAAAUGGGCGACCAUAAGAACGCCUUCCCCAUCUUUGCCAAGUUGCAGGAGAGUGGAGCGCAAGAGACGGUGGUGCUGCUGGCGUGGCGUGGCAUGGCGCAUGCCUUUGCAGAGCAUUACGAGGAAGCACUCAGUGAUUUCAACAAGGCUCUAGAGCAGGCUCCCAAGGCAGGGCAGAUUCUGAGGCAACGAGCGUCGGUGCUUGGGAUUUUGGGCCGACACAAGGAGGCCAUUGCUGACUGGACGGCUGUGAUUGAAAUGGAUCCAAACGAUGCUGCAGCCAGACAGGAACGAGGAGCGGCAUACGUGAACGCCAACGCCUAUGCGAGCGCGCUGCCAGACCUCUAUGCUGCCAGAGCGAUGGCUCCCCAGCUCUUCAAACCCCACCUUUUCCUCGGUCUUGCGCUGACAGCAACAGGGGCGCCGUUUGAAGCAGUGAAGAGCUACGAGACGGCAAUGGCCAUGAAUCCCGAUGUGAAGGAGGGGUGGACCAACUGGGGGCAGACAAUGAAGGAGAUCGCCAUGUUCAACGAGUCGGAGCGAUGCUAUAAACGUGCCCUGGGGGUGGAUAACGGCUUCCUGCUGGCGUACCGACUCUGGGCAAAGCUGAGGCACAGCGUGGGCGACCACAGAGGGGUGAUUCGGCUGCUGCAGGAGGGGCUGAAGCACCACCCAAACAACGUGGAGCUGCGAUACUUUGAGGCCUCCUGCUACCAUGCCACGGGGGACUUCUCCCAGGCCGUGAGGCUCUACGACAGCAUUCUCUCGCUGCAGCCAUCUGGAGACGAGAGGUUUCAGUACCUCGCAUUCUACCAGCGAGAGAUAGCAGCAUACAUGGCAGUCAACGUCAACUCCCCCUUCUCUCACUUCAGCCUCGACGACCAUUUCAAUCGGGUCUUCAAGGAGGGCUGGGCCAACGCACAGUUCCCAGGGCACCUGCCCUCCAGGGGCUACCAGAUGCAGGACAUUCAGGCGGUGUUCCGCGUGCGGCGGCAGCAGCACCGGCGCAAGGGGGAGAAGCGAUUCGAGGCGAACCGAGCGGCGCUUCUACAGCAGGCUGAUGUGAUUGGGCGGCUGGUUCAAUACAACACCACGGGGUUCCUUGGUAACAUGAGACAGCAACGAGCAGCAGGGCUGGCUGCUUUAGACAUCAUGCAGACUGUGAGAAAGGCGUGGCGUGAUUGGAUGAAGAAUGGGCAGGUGGUGCAGGGGAGCAGUGCGGAGGAGGUGGAGGAGGGGGUGGGGGUGGGGUGGAGGGACGUGUACGGCAUGGGAGUGAGAUGGCGCCAGAUUGCCGAACCCAACGACCCCAUCGUGUGGAUCGAUGGCCUCACCCGGGAAGCAUUUGAAACCGGGUUCGGUUCGGUCACACCAAUGGUGUCCGGACAGACUCGAAACAUUCGAUACUCUAUGAAUGCUGACCGUGCGUUCAAGAUCGUACGGCAGGAGAUGCUGCAUCACGGCAAGGUGUACGGCGAGCAUGACGAGGAGAUUCCGCUCAGCCAAGGGGAUCUGAAAAAGGUGGACCAAGCAACCAACUUCAACCAGCUAUGGGACGUCGUCCAGAAAGGCUUCUUCGUCUUCACCCCGUGCAAGAGCACUGCCUUCCCCGACAAGGUGCUGAACGGCACUCGCCUCACAAUCACUGCCACCGACCCCGGGCAGGAGUUUGCGAUUCGCACGCCGCUGACGCCCAGCCGGUGGCGGGACUUUGACCUGGAGAUGGCUGCUGCGUGGAAGGACAUCUGUCUGUCCGUGGCACACACGUCUCUCCGUGACUCGGACCCUCAGGCCUACCGCAAGGCAAUUCAAGACAACAUACUGAGAAUGGCUUACUAUUGGUACAACUUCAUGCCCUUGGCACGCGGCACGGCCAUGAACGGCUAUGUCAUGACGCUCGCCCUCCUGCUCGCUGUUGACCUCCAAGUCUCGCAGCCCAUUGCUAGAGGCGUGCAGGUGGACUGGGAGUCCAUCCUCUGCCCCUCAUCCCACAUCUUCAUCAGCAGCGUCUCCUCGUGGCUCUACCCAUCGCUGGUGCCGGCUCCAGAUGCCGCCAGCAUUCCCAGCGUGCGAGAGCACUUCCCUACCAUCGGCGACGUUAUCGAGGCUCUCAGUGAUGCAUUCACUGAGUGA